ACCCUAGAAUUUGAUCAAUGGCCAGGACUAAGCUCCAUCUCCAGAGAACAGAUACUCUCAUUCCUCAUGUCACCGUCGAUGGAUCACCUCAACGCAGUCUUGACCAAGAUCCGGAGGAGUGAAAGGAGGACCACUCGAACGACAAUGCGCCGCCUUCUCCGGAAAACAGUGAAGAAGAUGAAGAGAAAUCGAAGCAGCAAGAGAUGGAUUGGAAGAUGGACGAGGAGUUCAAGAGAUUUAUGGGGAAUCCAUCAAUCGAAGCAGACGAGGACUGAUCGUAAGCUGAAAGAGCUGAAGAGAGAUAGCAAUACUCUCUCUCCUCUCUCGCCUUUUCGGGUACCCUCUCUCUAUCUCACCCUCUCGCGUUUCAUCUCAUUGUGCCUCUCUUCGUCUCCUUCCGUGUUUGUUUUGUUUUGGGGAUCUGAUAAAUGGCGCACAAUUCUCAAAGACCCUGAGUUUAGUGGAGUCCUGUACCUGCGCUCCAAUGUUGAUCUUAAGGUUGGUGCGUGUUUGGUGAGCCAGAAUGGUGUAAUUCUUGGGAUUGGCUAUAAUGGUUUUCCAAGAGGUUGCUCGGAUGACAGACUUCCUUGGGCCAAGAAGUCGAAAACUGGGAACCCAUUGGAGACAAAGUAUCCAUAUGUUUGUCACGCUGAAGUCAAUGCCAUACUAAACACAAACCACACAUCUGCGGCUGGACAGAAGCUUUACGUGACAAUGUACCCUUGCAACGAAUGUGCCAAGAUUAUUAUACAGUCUGGUGUAACUGAGGUAAUCUAUUUUGUGGAAAAUAGAUUAAAUGACUCAGAUAUUGCCUACGUCGCUUCUCACAUGCUCUUAGCCAUGGCCAACAUCAAAGUUAGGAAACAUCAACCACAUAUGGAUCAGAUCUUGAUCAAGUUUCAAGACGACUUGCUCUGACCAGGGGCCUAAUUGCACCAAUUUAAAACGUAGGGCCAAAUCUGAGACUCUUGAGAUCACUGUAUUUCAGACAUGGAUUCACUCAAAGAAUCAUUCUUUUCUUCUUUUAUUAUAUUUAUGUUUGAACAUUUAUAACACAAAUUCAAGAACAUUGGCACAAACAGACAGAGAAGCAUUACGAACUCAAAAGACACGAAUUUACACAAGAAAGAGACCAUUUUGUUAGACUCGGUAGUUUUUGGGAAGAGGCAUGACACCGUCAAAGAAAUCCCCAAAAUAGCCAGAUGGCUCAUGGAUGAGUCUUGCGAUGAUGUCUCUUAAAGUGAUGAGUCCUUCGAGGUUACCUGAAUCAUCAACCACAUAUAUCCUAUGGAUCUUCUCGGCGUCUAGCAUCAAGAUCAGUUCCUUUAGCGUAUGGUUCUUUGUGCAAGCGAUGACACCACUCAUCAUAGGUGCUGAUGUAUCCCCACGAUGCUCUCUCACUGCCACUAAGAAGUUCUUCAUUGUGAUUCACCUGUAGUCAUGGUAAAUAUCUGGUGCAGUGAGGAGAAAGUGAACAUCUCUAAUGCUUAUGUUGCCUACUGGCUUCUCACUUUUCAUUUCAACGAUGGGUAUGCCUCCGAUUCUCUUUCUCCUCAUCAGCUUGAACGCCUGAAGAACUGGUUCAUCCUCAUAGAUCUUUAUGAUAUGAUCCUUUGACAUAUUGGGAAGACCGACUUCAGAGAGAGUUUUGAGUCACAUUCUUAGUACCAAGGGGAAUCUUCCUAGUACUUCGAGAAAGAAUGU